AUGGGCGAAUCCGAGUUCAAGAAGUUAGGCUUCGUUGGCCUAGGAGCGAUGGGGAAGCCGAUGCUUGUGCAUCUGGCAAAUAAGCUCCCAAAAGAGUCGCGGAUAUACGUCUACGACGUUGUUGAGGAUGCGAUGAACGAAGUUUGCUCGAAAUAUCCAGAGAGAGUGUUAAGGGCCUCAAGCGCCAAAGAUGUCGCACACCAAGCAGACACAAUCAUCACGAUGGUGCCCGAAGGCUCGCACGUUCGCUCAGUGUACCUUGAUCCCUCGCAUGGCGUCUGCAGCGCGGAUAUCUCUAAUAAGCUGCUUAUCGAUUGCUCCACGAUAGAUACGGCGACGAGCCUGGAAGUCAAGGAACAUAUCGAAAAACAUUUUCCCACCGCGUCGUUUUAUGACUCGCCAGUGAGCGGGGGGGUCGUGGGCGCGAUCAAAGGGACAAUAGCAUUCUUCUUAGGCUGCGCAGAGUCGGAUCCGAACAUCAAGAGGCUGACGCCGCUGAUGGAAAUGAUGGGAAAGCAAGUUAUUCCAUGCGGCGGUCCCUCACUGGGGCUCGCUGCGAAGUUGUCAAACAACUACCUCUCAGGCGUCAUAGCAAUCGCUUGCUCGGAGGCGUUCGACAUGGGCAUGCGAUCUGGCUUGGACCCUCGCACUUUGGCCAAAGUCUAUGCUGCAGGAACCGCGCAGAAUGCCAUUUGCGACCGCUUCUGUCCAGUUCCGCAUGUGUACCCCGAGGCACCUUCUUCAGGUGGUUAUAAGCAAGGUUUCAAGGUGCAGCUGAUGCGCAAAGAUUUUGGUCUGGCAGUGGACAUGGCAAAGCGCGUGGGAUCCAAGAACGUACUGGGCGAGGUGGGCCUGGAAACCUACGAUGGGGCCAGCAAGGAUCCCAAUUGUCGUGAUCUAGACUCCCGUGUAGUAUACAGAUAUCUCGGCGGGAACGAAGAUUGGCAGCCGACGAAGAACGGGGCAUAG